GACACUUGCCGUUCAUGAAAACUUCUGUGGUCCCAAGCCUAGAUACCUGAGAGGCUUUCGAAGUCGAGAAGGUGGUAGUCAUGUGAUCCAGGAGGGGCGACGCUAGAGUGUAUUAUCCUCGCCAGCCUCGCGCAACAAUAAAGUUUCUUCCUCAUAAUAACAAAUAAUAUCACUUACGGAACUGACCUUUCGAGGCAAGCUUCGCGUUUACAAUAGAAGAUCGCAAACCUUCCAAUCAUACUUUAGAUUUCGGGAGUGAAGCAGAAGAUUCUUCGAGGGCCUUGGCGCCACGAGAUGAUACUGCGGAGCAACAGCACAGAAUCUCCACGGCGGAGAUGCAGUUAGUUGUGGCUCAAGGCAACAGUGGAGAGAUGCCUGACAGGGAAGAAGAAGAUGACGGGACCGACGGUGCUCUUGUGCUCUAUCGCGGAGACAUUGCCCUUGGUGACAGAUCCGGCAACGAAGAGAGAGGGGUUGUUCCUGCCGUCCUUGGUGAUGUGAGCAGCAGUAUGCAACCGCCAGAUUCGAACGAGCCUGGCGUGUGGUCUGAUUACGAAGACGUGGAGUCCGUUGUAGAUGGCACAAGGUCUGGUAACUGCACACCGCGUGCGGGCACACCUGCGCCUGGCCGCAGUGCUAUCGAUUCGCAUCUGUCAACUUUGUUGCAGCAGGAAACCUUGUCUGAUCGAGAUCGCUUUGUCUUACAGUCCAAUGUCUCCCACAGAGGGGGACGUGGUAGAGGCUUCCACAGUGCUCCUCAAGGACUUGGUCGAACUGAGGAUCCACAAGGCCAUACAGACUUUGGGCUAGGUGACACUGGCAACUUUUUUCCUCUGGCAGGAUCAGCAAAUGCUACACCCAUUGGUGGUGCAGGAUCCCAAGAAGAUUCGGACGUUUGUGGCUACUUUCCGCAUGGCCCUGUACUCCCCAACCCAUCUCGGCAUGAGGAGAAGGUUCAUGGCCACUUUCCGCAUGGCCCUGUACUCCCCAACCCAGGUCAGAAUAAGAAGGCUUCUGGUCAUCUUCCGCAGGGUCAGCAACUCGACCAACCACAAUUUGAGACUGCUCGAAAACCUCAAUAUGAUAUAGGGGAAACGGUGGACUACAUCGUGCGACAACGAAACGCUGCCCUGGAGGCCGACAAACAGAAGGCCGCAAAUAACAUCGAAGCCGCCAGCUUGAAGUUGAUGUUGGAUACAAGCAUGACACCCGAUGCUCGUAACGCAUUCCUUGCUUUCAUGGGGAAAGGUGGCUCGAGCGAGCGUUCAGAUUUCCGCAGGGAAAGAUCUCCUCUUGGUUCUAGAGAUUCUCGCCAACAGGUCGAACCUUCACAACGUCGCAGUGCAUCUCCACCUUUGGAGCCCCAGCGAUCAUCAGGAAAUAGAGGCGGAGUAUUCCUUUCAGAAUUUCCAGGUAGAGGCCGUGGGAAUAGGAGUGCUGGCAACCCGAACUCGGGAGCUGGUAACCAUCGAAUACUUCCCGAAUUUCCAGGUAGAGGCGGACGUGGGGAUAGGAGUGCUGGCAAUCCGAACUCGGGAGCUGGUAACAAUGCUAAUGCAGGACCUGCGAAUGGCGCAGGAUCUGCAACCGGAGGUGGUGGAGCUAGCAAUCCACAUCCUCCAACUGAUCGUCAUUGAAAGGCUGUGUACACUCUUGGGCGUGGAGUUUAACUACGUCCUCCCCUUGACUUUGACGUCAGGGGAGCCUAUCGAUAUUCUGACACCUUCGCGCUGGUGAUAGGCGUAAGUAGUUUGCUAGAUACAAGCGAAACUAAGUCAGAAAUAUACACGAGUCAGGAGGACGGAUAUACUUGAAGAUAUGGCA